CUCCCCCGAAGCGUGCGUGGCAACCCCCAAACACGCCCCCCCAAAUUCCCAAACGUUGGCAAGCUCCCUACCCCAAAGCACAGGCAUUAGAGCUUCCUGGGUUUGAAUGUGGCUGCCAGGGGAGCCUCUGAUCUAUAAACUUGAAUUCUUCCCUUGCAGGGUAAUUGCGAGGAUUAGAAAUGACAUGAACAGGGCCUAAUACGGAGCUGAUCCCUUACUCAAGGCACCCCAAAGAAAGAACACGUUACUCCAGACGCUUGUUAAAGACGCCCUCGAUCUCACUCCUCUUGUGUCCCUGUGAGAGGCUCUGUGAGGACCUGGUUCUCCCCAGAGACAACUUCAUCCCAGAAGAACUUCACAUAAAAGGACUUGCCAGGCCAGAUGAUGCCCGUUGAGCUGGGGCAGGCCCUAGUCCUGCUGCCACCACUGGCAAAGGCUGAGGACUUCCCGUUCUCUGGACCAGAUGCUGCUCUUAGAGGGGAGCCCUCCAGCCCUGAGACUGCACGCCAGCUUUUCAGGCAGUUUCGUUACCAGGUGAUGUCUGGGCCCCAGGAAACCCUGAGACAACUUCGGAAGCUCUGUUUCCAGUGGCUGCAGCCAGAGGUUCACACCAAGGAGCAGAUCCUAGAGAUCCUCAUGUUGGAGCAGUUCCUGACCAUCCUCCCUGGAGAGAUUCAGAUGUGGGUGCGGAAACAGUGUCCAGGCAGCGGAGAGGAGGCAGUGACCCUGGUGGAGAGCUUGAAGGGAGACCCCCAGAGGCUGUGGCAGUGGAUCAGCAUCCAGGUUCUAGGUCAGGACAUCUUAUCCAAGAAGGUGGAAUCUGCAAGCUGCCAAGUGGGGGAAGUGGAGUCUCGUCUUGAAGUGAUGCCUCAGGAGCUGGAACUUCAGAAUUCACCCCCUGGGCGAGGGGAGCCACUGAGCCACGUGGUGAAGGAGGAGUCUGACGCGGAACAGGAGUUAGCAGUGGCUGCUUCCCAGUUUCCUGCCCAACCCGAGGAGAGGCUCACCAGGGACCAGGACUUCGGAGCCUCACUUCUCCACACAGCACCUCAGGAGCAGUGGAGGCACCUGGAUUCCACUCAAAAGGAGCAAUACUGGGAUCUCAUGCUGGAGACCUAUGGGAAAAUGGUCUCAGGAGGCAUUUCCAAUUCCAAGCCUGACCUGACUACUUCAACAGAAUAUGGGCAAGAACUGGCAGGACUGUACCUUCACGUCAGUGAGAAGAUCCCGAGACCCACCUGCAGAGGCAGUAGACAGGAAAAUGACAAAGAGAACCUGAACUUGGAAAAUUAUAGGGACCAGGAACCUCCAGAUGCCUCCUGUCAUGCCUCAGAGGAGGCACCUUUUCAGGCUUCCUUAAGUGGCCUCUUCACUGCGGAUGAGCCGAGACACUUUGGAGAAGGAGAGAAUCUCCCUGAGGCUCAGGAAAACCUUCAGGGUGAGGGGACAGGGGGACAGCUCUCUCCUCAAGAAAGGAACUCUGCGAAACAACUAGGCCAUCACCUGCCUGAUCCUCAUGCAGGAGAACUGUCCGUGCUGUGGCUGGAAGAGAAGAGAGAGGCCUCCCCUAAAGGGCAGCUGAGAGCCCCCAUGGCCCAGAAGCUGCCCACCUGCAGGGAGUGUGGGAAAACCUUUUACAGGAAUUCUCAGCUUGUUUUUCACCAAAGAACUCACACCAGGGAGACAUACCUCCAGUGCCCCACCUGCAAAAAGGCCUUCCUGCGGAGCUCUGACUUUGUGAAACAUCAGCGAAUUCACACGGGAGAGAAGCCCUGUAAAUGUGACUACUGUGGGAAAGGUUUCAGUGACUUCUCAGGACUGCGCCACCAUGAGAAAAUACACACAGGAGAGAAACCCUACAAAUGUCCCAUCUGUGAGAAGAGUUUUAUCCAGAGAUCAAACUUUAAUAGACAUCAGAGGGUUCACACAGGAGAGAAACCUUACAAAUGUUCCCGCUGUGGGAAAAGUUUCAGCUGGAGUUCCAGUCUUGAUAAACAUCAAAGAUCCCAUUUAGGAAAGAAGUCCUUUCAGUAGCCACACUGUCUUAGCCCAUUUCUGUAUGCUGGUCCAUUUACAACACUGAGCUCCUCGGGAGAAAUUACGUCUCUUAGAGGCUAUCCUGCGUGGAUUGGAGAAGAGUACCUGAACGUGAGUUUGGACUUGGAGGAUAUGUCAGCCUGGAUUGGAUUUUACUCUGGUUUUCUUGCUUCUGCAUCAGGAGAAAGGAUAGUCUUUGUCUUUCACCUCCUCUCUUUUUUGGGGACAAGAUGGGACAAAGCUGUUGCUUGGAGAUCCAGUUUUAGAAGUGCUGCCUGGGGAGCCACAAUUGCUGCUCAUGUGAAGAACCUUGGACCAGCCCUUUAGAAGUGGGGUCCUAGAGCAGGCCAUCUGUUAGGAAAGGGGGGACAUAGAGGGCCAGUGAGCUCACCUGUGCUCUUUGUCACACCAGUGCAAAGUUAAUGUUCUGUCCCUGUUUUAAAUAAACUUAGUAGAGUCACUCCUGUCUCA